UUUUGGGUAAAAAUGGAGAAAAAUACUUGUGUUGAUGAUUUUGAGGUUCUUAAAGAACUAGGAAAAGGGGUUUAUAGGUAAGAUUAUGUGAUUCAGGCUUAAUACUAACUAUAGCACGGUUUAUAAGGUCAGGAGACUGAGUGACUACUGCAUCUAUGCACUUAAGAAGGUCAAGUUAGGACAGCUGAAUGAUAAGGAAAAAGCAAAUGCCCUGAAUGAGGUGAGAAUUCUUGCAUCGAUAAACCACCAAAAUAUUAUACAAUAUAAAGAAGCCUUUAUUGAUGAGCAUACCUCUAAUCUCUGUAUUGUGAUGGAGUAUGGGGAGAAUGGAGAUCUUUAUGAGAGAAUAUUAAAUCAAAAGGAGAGGAAGAUGUACCUUCCUGAAAAUCAUAUUUGGAAGUAUUUCAUCCAGAUCACAAGAGCUCUAGCUCAUUUGCAUUCCAUGGAUACUGUUCACAGGGAUUUAAAAUGAGCUAAUGUAUUUUUAAUGAAAGAUGGGACAAUAAAGUUAGGAGAUCUGAAUGUAUCAAAAGUAUGCCAUGGCGAGUCGUUGAUGUUUACUCAAACAGGAACUCCUUAUUAUGCAAGCCCAGAGGUUUGGAGAGACAAACCUUAUGAUUAUAAAUGUGAUAUUUGGUCUCUAGGAUGAGUCCUUUACGAAAUAACAACCCUGAACCCACCUUUUAAAGCUAAGGAUAUGAAGACUUUAUUUAAGAAAGUGGUGAAAGGUCAUUAUCCUGACAUCCCAUAUCACUAUUCAGAUGAUCUACGGAACAUCAUUGCGAUGUGUCUUAGAGUGAAUAUGACAUCUAGACCAGGGGCUUCUCACCUCCUUCAAACAAAGGAGGUUACAAAGAAGAUGUUCCUCUUUGAAGACGAGUGAGAAAAUAAUGAAAAUACUGACCCAAACCAAUCAAGAGAUACCUUACUCCAGACUAUAAAGAUAAAAAAUAAUCGAAAAGAUAACAUUUUCAGCUUAAACAACCGACUUCCAAAAUCAAAAUAUAAUGGAUUUAAAUCGACCAAACGGAGCCAAUCUCAUGAAAUCAAAGGCUCUAACCCUCCGAACAUUUUUAAGGAGGUAUUCGGAAGACAGUCCAAAAGGAGGCUAAAUACCAGCAAAUUAACACUGUUAAAAUAAGAAAAUAAACCAAUCUUCAUCAAUCCAAAGAAGAAUGAAGGAGAAUGAGAACAACUAUGAUAAUGAAUUCAGGCCAGAAAAUAAUGCCACUAAGCCUCGUAUUGGCACUGUUCCUCAAAAUAAAGGAAUUAAAAAGGAAGGAGUCACCAGAAUUGUCCUUCCGAAAAUUCGGAAAAAGGGAUAUUCCAACCUAGAGAAUUCUCAUAAUGGUAAUAAUAUCUGUUUGAUGAAAAAUUGACUUCCUAAUCUAUCGAAAGUUCAUAAGAGCACUCAUGAAAUGUUGCCGAAAGAGAGAUACCUUAAGUACAAGAGUUUACUGAAUAAGAAGAAAGUAGAAACAGAGAGGUACCCUCCAUUUGGGGAGAAAUCAAGACUUCAGUCCUCCAAUUCUUCACAAAACAUGAAUGCUCAGGAGAUGGCUCUUGAUAAGGUUUAUGGGACCAUCGACCAGCAGAGAAAUAAGUUAUAAGCUUUUCAAUGACUCAAUA